CAUUCGUCCAAUUGCUGAAAUCUUGAAACCACUUGACGACCUUCCUCGCCCAAAACAUGUCUGCCAAUACAUGGAAACCGUGGCUACCUGCCCAAGCGUCGAGCGUCCACUUUAAGAAUGCAAGAAUUGUCGACACGCUCAAUGCAAAAAUCAUCGAGGGCCAAGACGUGUUCGUCAGCGGCGGCAAGUUCGUCGCGAGUCUGGCCGCUGAAGAGCUUGACGAUGCUCAGGUUGUUGAUUUAGAAAACAAAUACUUCGUUUGCCCCGGCCUGAUCGACUGCCAUGUGCAUCUGACCGCCAACGCCGGACAGGAGUCGAUGGGAGCUUUGUUCCAGGCGAGCGCGAAUGCCAUUGCGUACCGCACGACGUGGAAUGCAAAGCAGAUGCUCCGCAGAGGCUUCACCACCGUUCGCGACACGGGCGGUGCGGAUCAUGCUCUGCGGCAGGCGAUCGAGGAAGGUCUGGUGCAAGGCCCGCGCCUGUUCAUUGCUGGAAAGGCGCUCAGUCAAACCGGUGGUCACGGUGACCUACGACAAGCGCACCAAGGGUCCGGCUUCAAGUGCUGUGACAGCGUGACACCCGGCUUUGCUCGCGUGUGCGAUGGCGUACCCGCCUGCCUUGAAGCGGCUCGAGAUGAGCUCCGGCAGGGCGCGGAUUGUCUCAAAAUCAUGGUCGGCGGUGGUGUCUCCAGCCCCAGCGACCCGCUCGACGCGUUGCAGUUCACUGCCGAGGAGAUCCAGGCUAUCACGACUUGUGCGAGGCAGAUGGGCAGGAUCGUCACCGCGCACGCGUACACCGUCGCGGCGAUACGGCACGCAAUCGACAACGGAUGCAGGGGAAUCGAACAUGCAAACUUCAUAGACGAAGACACUGCGAAGCUGUGCAGGGACAGAGGCGUCACGGUCACGCCGACACUCAUAACGUACAAGGCCAUGUCGGAGCCGCCGUACGAGCAGUUCUUGCCUCCUGAGGGUAGAGUCAAGAACACUCAAGUGCUUGCCUCGGGGGUCGAUGCCCUUAAGACCUUGGCCGCUACGGGCGUGAACGUAUGCUUCGGCACUGAUCUCCUUGCGGGCAUGCACAGCAGACAGAAUGAGGAAUUUCUGAUCCGAAAGGCCGCUCUGUCGGAUGCUGCCGUUUUGCAGUCGGCAACAAUAAAUGCGGCGAGGUAUCUUGGCGUCGAAAACAUGCUAGGACAGGUCAAAGAGGGUUACACGGCAGACCUCCUUUUGCUGACCUCAGACCCGCUCGAAGAUGUGGGAGCACUUGCAAAGCCGGAGGAGAGCAUAGUGGCUAUCGUCAAGGACGGCCGGGUUGUGUCUUCAAAACUUGAGCAGCUCACGGUUUCGGCAUUAUAUCGAUGAAAUCACGUGCUACAGAGUGGUAUCGCGAAGACGUCGAGCUUUCAACGAGGCGUCAAUAUGUAGGCAACGCUCACAGACUCUCGCGGAACCUGUAGACGAGUGUGUGCGGGAGCGGAUGUGUGCCUCUUGACAAAUUCGCUUCCUUAGCGUGCGCACUUCGGAUCGCUGAGGCGCAAGCAUGGACGUCAUGGAAACUCUGGACCCGCAUCCAGCAUUCCGUCGCGCUCAUGUCAAAUACAAAAGAGCCAACCUCCUGACGAAACAUUUCCUGUGCAGUAUUCGUGGAUAUCCAAAUCUAAGAAAAUGAGGCCUGCACGAUGGUCCGACGUGAUAAAUGUGCCACAAAGGAAAUGGUGGAGACAGAUGCAUCGAUUCUAGAGCUCUAAAAGCCC